AUGGAUCGAUUUAUACCAAAAAGUAAAUCGAAAUUACUAUAUCAAUCACACACAUAAUCAAACUACAACGACUUGAUGUAUCACAUAAACGAAGAAAAAGUCUUAAAUUUUGGAAACGGCAAAUAAUAACAGAAUUUUCCAAUUUCCUUCCUAGAUUAGUUACAUAAUUAAUACAAAUUGCCUUAACAACAAAUAGUUAGAUAAAUCAGUGCAAUUCCAGAGAAGAUUCUAGAUGCUCCAGACAUUGCAGAUGAUUUUUAUCUGAAUAUAUUGGAAUGGGGAAACAACAAUGUAUUGUCAGUGGGAUUGCAAAACAAAGUGUACUUAUGGAAUGCUUCGAAUUAACAUAUCGAACAACUUUUAUAAGCAACCUCAAAUGUGACAUCAGUUAAUUGGAUUAAUGACCAUAUUCUGGGCAUAGGAUUCGAUGAUGCUUCUAUAAAGAUAGUUGAUGUUUGUUCCUCUUAAACAAUAACUUAGUUAUAUUAUCAUAAUGAAAGAGUGUCAACAAUGAGUAGUAGUUUCGAUUUGUUGUCAAGUUCAGGUAGAGAUAAUGUGAUUUUCAAUCAUGAUCUCAGAGAGAAGAAUAAUAAUGUAGUUGGAGUAUUCUAGAAACAUACCUAAGAGGUUUGUGGAUUGAAAUGGAAUUCGUCUGGUAGUACUUUGAGUAGUGGAGCAAAUGAUAAUUAAUUAUUGCUUUGGGAUAGACGAUAAAUGUCCUUACGUUAAUCUUGCCAAGGUCAUUGUGCUGCUGUCAAAGCAAUGGCCUGGUGUCCUUGGUUACAAAAUACUCUUGUCAGUGGAGGUGGAUCAAAUGAUAAAACUAUCAAAUUUUGGAAUGCUGAUACUGGCACUUGUUUUAAGAGCAUUGACACAGGAUCGCAAGUUUGUGCUCUGCAAUUUUUGCCAAGAUAUAGAGAAUUGAUAUCAUCUCAUGGCUUUUCUAAAUUUUAAAUUAGUAUAUGGAAUGCUGAUUAAAUUUAGUAAGCCAAAUUAGUAUAGGAAUUACAGGCUCAUAAAUCGAGAGUUUUGCACUUAGGAAUAUCUCCUGAUCAAUCUAUGCUGUGUUCGGCUGCAGGAGAUGAGACAUUGAUAUUUUGGAGGCUGGGCACAGAACAAAAUAAUCAAAAUAAAUAGGAGAUGUGUUCCAGUAAAAAUUUAUUUCUCAGAUGA